CGGCGGGAGGGGCCGUCGGGCACCAGUUCCCAAACCGCAAGACCGUCCACUGCUGCCACUGCCACUGGAGGCCUGAGGGCAUGCUGGUUGCUCUCUGGGUGGGCGUCGCUGCUCCCAGGCCCAGCCGGGAAGAUUGGCGUGCCCAGUCCCAGCCCUUCCUGGGGCCGUCUUCAUCGGAAGCUGCAAGCUGGUAGCUGUCCAGAUCUCCACAAAGCCUCCACCCCCUGGGAGAGUGGAUCUCUGCUCGCGGCGGCAGCUGCCUGUGCACCUUGCUGGAGCGCCCCCACUGGGACCCCUCUGCGGGCAUGGCCACCUGACGCCUCGGCUUGGACCUGUGUCCCCGCGUCUGCCCUGAGCCGGGAUGGGUCGUGAGCAGGAUCUGAUCCUGGCAGUCAAGAAUGGGGACGUGACUGGUGUUCAGAAGCUGGUGGCCAAGGUCAAGGCAGCCAAGACGAAGCUCCUGGGCUCCACGAAGAGGCUGAAUGUCAACUAUCAAGAUGCUGACGGCUUCUCCGCUCUGCACCACGCCGCUUUGGGGGGCAGCCUGGAGCUCAUAGCCUUGCUACUGGAGGCCCAGGCGACUGUUGACAUCAAGGACAGCAAUGGCAUGCGCCCGCUACACUACGCAGCCUGGCAGGGCCGCCUGGAGCCCGUGAGGCUGCUGCUGCGGGCCUCAGCUGCGGUCAACGCCGCCUCACUGGAUGGGCAGAUCCCUUUGCACCUGGCUGCGCAGUAUGGACACUAUGAGGUGUCAGAAAUGCUCCUCCAGCAUCAGUCCAACCCCUGCUUGGUCAACAAGGCCAAGAAGACACCCCUGGAUCUGGCCUGCGAAUUUGGGCGGCUCAAGGUGGCUCAGCUGCUACUGAACAGCCACUUGUGUGUGGCACUGCUGGAGGGCGAGGCCAAGGACCCCUGUGACCCCAACUACACCACACCCUUGCACUUGGCUGCCAAGAACGGCCACCGAGAGGUUAUCAGGCAACUUCUGAGAGCUGGGAUUGAGAUCAACCGCCAGACCAAGACGGGCACGGCGCUCCACGAGGCCGCCCUGUACGGCAAGACAGAGGUGGUGCGGCUGCUGCUGGAGGGAGGUGUGGACGUGAACAUCCGGAACACAUACAAUCAGACGGCCCUGGACAUCGUGAACCAGUUCACCACCUCCCAGGCCAGCCGGGAAAUCAAACAGCUACUGCGGGAGGCCUCAGGGAUCCUGAAGGUCCGGGCACUCAAGGACUUCUGGAAUCUCCACGAUCCCACUGCCCUCAACGUCCGGGCAGGGGACAUCAUCACAGUGCUUGAGCAGCAUCCCGAUGGCCGCUGGAAGGGCCAUAUCCAUGAGAGCCAACGGGGCACGGACCGUGUGGGCUACUUCCCCCCAGGCAUCGUUGAGGUGGUCAGCAAGCGGGUGGGCGUCCCGGUGACCCGCCUCCCCGCAGUGCCCAACCCCCUGCGCCCAGGCUUCCCUCGGACACCGCAGCCUCCUAUAGACGACUCCCUACACCCUCCCCCCUACGGCCAGCUCCCUCGGGUGGGCCUCAGCCCAGACAGCCCAGCAGGUGACAGGAAUAGCGUGGGCAGUGAGGGCAGUGUGGGCAGCAUCCGCAGUGCUGGCAGUGGGCAAAGUUCCGAGGGCACCAAUGGCCACAGCACCAGCCUCCUUAUUGAGAAUGCCCAGCCUCUGCCCUCUGCCGGAGAGGACCCGGUGCUGCCAACACUGUAUCCCCCAGCCCUGACCGACACCCUGGGUCAUCGCCCUGUGGUCAGCUACCGCUCCGGGGAGCAGAUCUCCACUCAGGAUGUGAGGCCGGAGCAACUGUUGGAGGGGAAAGAUGCCCAGGCCAUUCAUAACUGGCUGAGCGAGUUCCAGCUGGAGGGCUACACUGCCCACUUCCUUCAGGCUGGCUAUGAUGUGCCCACCAUCAGCCGCAUGACACCUGAGGACCUGACAGCCAUUGGGGUGACCAAGCCUGGGCACAGGAAGAAAAUUGCCUCAGAGAUUGCUCAGCUCAGCAUCGCCGAGUGGCUGCCCAACUACAUCCCGGCCGACCUGUUGGAGUGGCUGUGUGCGCUGGGGCUGCCCCAGUACCACAAGCAGCUGGUGAGCAGUGGCUACGACUCCAUGGGGCUGGUGGCCGACCUCACCUGGGAGGAGCUGCAAGAGAUUGGGGUCAACAAACUCGGGCAUCAGAAGAAGCUUAUGCUGGGGGUGAAGAGGCUGGCGGAGCUCCGCCGGGGUCUGCUGCAGGGGGAAGCCUUGGGCGAAGGCGGGCGCUGGCCAGCCAAAGGCCCAGAGCUGAUGACCAUCGAGGGGCUGGAGAAUGGAGAGGGCCCACCCCUGCCUGGUGCUGGCCCACGCCUCCUCACCUUCCAGGGCAGUGAGCUGAGCCCAGAGCUGCAAGCAGCCAUGGCAGGGGGUGGCCCUGAGCCACUCCCCCUGCCCCCUGCCCGCUCCUCCAGCCAGGAGAGCAUUGGAGCACGCUCUCGGGGGUCCGGCCACUCACAGGAACAGCCCACCUCCCAGCCCAGCGGGGUUGACCCCAGCACGCCCCAGGAAAGGAAGCUUCCAGAAGGCACAGAACGGCCCUCCAAGCUUUGUUCCCCACUUACUGGCCAAGGAACUCCCCCUUAUGUUUUCAUGUACCCGCAAGGCUCACCCUCUAGCCCGGCCCCAGGACCACCUCCUAGUGCACCCCGGGCCUUCUCUUACUUGGCUGGCCCCACAGCCACUGCUCCCCCAGACCCACCUCGGCCCAAGCGCAGGUCUCACAGCUUAAGCCGCCCCAGCCCUGCCGAGGGGGAACCUGAGGGGGAGGCCAAAGGGCCAGUGGGCAGUGCCUUGGGCAGUUAUGCCACUCUGACCCGGCGCCCAGGACGCAGUACCCUCACUCGGACCAGUCCUAGCCCAGCCCCAACGCGGGGAGCUCCCCGCAGCCAAUCUUUCGCCCUGCGGGCCAGACGCAAAGGUCCCCCGCCCCCACCCCCCAAGCGCCUCAGCUCAGUCUCCGGCCCCACCCCAGAGCCAGCACCACUCGAUGGAAACCAAGGCCCCAAGGAGGGGGCCCCAGGGCCCCGAAGAAGAACCCUGAGUGAGCCAACUGGUCCCUCAGAGCCUCGCUGCCCAUCCAACCAACCUGGCCCUGCAUCGGACACAGAAGAGGAGCCAGGCCCUGAGGGGACGCCCCCAUCUCGAGGCAGCUCGGGAGAAGGGCUGCCAUUUGCAGAAGAGGGCAAUCUGACCAUUAAACAGCGGCCCAAGCCAGUGGGGCCGCUGCCCCGGGAGACACCUGUGCCCCUGGGCCUCGACUUCAACCUCACUGAGUCAGACACUGUCAAGCGGAGGCCCAAGUGCCGCGAGAGGGAGCCGCUGCAGACCGCUCUACUGGCCUUUGGGGUGGCCAGUGCCACUCCCAGCCCCUCUGCUGCCCCGGCCUCCCAGGCCACCAGUGAGUCCCCCUCCCCAGCAUCCUCCAGCCCUCCCCAGGCUGAGCCGAGCAGCCUUACCUCUCCAGCGCCACCUGCUCUUAACUUAGUAACUCAGCCCCCUGUGACCACGGCAGCUGGACCCAGUCUGGAAAACUCCACAAACAGUCGACGGAAUGGAGAGACUGAACCCCCAACCGCUCCUGCCCUCCUCAAGGUGCCUGGAACAGGAACUGCCCCCAAGCCUGUAUCUGUGGCCUGCACACAGCUGGCCUUCUCAGGCCCUAAGCUGGCUCCACGGCUUGGCCCCCGCCCAGUUCCCCCUCCCAGACCUGAGGGCACCGGGGCUGCAGGUCCAGGCCAAGCCCAGCAGAGGCUGGAGCAGACUAGCUCGUCCCUGGCAGCAGCACUGCGGGCAGCAGAGAAGAGCAUUGGCGCCGAGGAGCAUGAGGGCCCCCCUGGCACCUCCACCAAACACAUUCUGGAUGACAUCAGCACCAUGUUCGAUGCCCUAGCUGACCAGCUGGAUGCCAUGCUGGACUGAGACCCACCCACAGCCCUCAGUGGGGCUUGGCGUGACCUGCAGUGUUCCUGGCCUUUGGCCCAGCAAGGAAGAGGCCCUGCUCCUCCCUCCUCACCCCUCCCCCACCCAAAUGGGAGGGUGGGUGAGGCUAAGGCCUGUGCUUACAGCUGCAGGCAAGUAGCUCUGAGCACUGCAAGGCUGGUGGAGCAGUCCUAUGGCAGGAGCCUCGGCCAGCUGAGG